GUCUUUUUGACGGAAAGCUAAACAUGGAAACCCUCACGCUUUCUCUUUCCCAUCCAUUUCAAUCCUUGAUUCUGUUGUGGACGGAUAGUUGUCAUUCUCCUUCCUCUCCUUUGUGCAAAAAAAAAGUUCCAGUUUCUCAUUGUUAUCAUCUGUUUUUUUUUUCUGAAGAUUCUUCUAAACCUCUUUUUUCUUCUUCUUCUAAUUGUUGUACUUCGUUCCUCCUUUUUCUUUCCUUUGACUUUAUUAUUGCUGUUGCCAGAUUACUAUCAUCGCAGCAACACUGUCUACUUUCACUCCUUUAUUUACUAGACUCAAUAACGAAACCAUCUGAUUCAGAUCUCUUGUUUUAAUCUUUUUUUUUGUAGUAUCGUUGGCCUCUCUUUUAAUUGAUAAAGAUGACCAACACUACUUUUCAGCAGCCUCAGCGGUUCACUCCUCGCCCGGCUGCCAAAGACGUCGCUUUCUUUGAUGAAGACGAUUUUGACGAUGAUGAAGAAGUAGAUAGCUUUAUCACCGAUUUCACAAAUGGGACAAUAGAUUCUUUGGACGCUCAUCGAACCGAUGAUACGCUCACGUUGGCGCGAUUUCUGGCCAACACGGGCCCUGAGGAGUUUUCAAAAAAUGGCAAAAAACAGAAUCAACAACUGAAGCGAGCCUCACGUUUACUGAACCGCCUCCGUAAGCGACCGUCUACCAAAUCAUCACUAACAUCGUCGGCGACACUGUUGAAUACUUCCAUUGCCGGGGCACCAAAAAAGACCCACAUCCCACUCCCCGUCUACACUCCUCCCAGUCUCACCUCGACUGAAUCCAGCGAAGAGAAUUCUCAAUCCGAGCCACAACCUCGGCCUGUACAGAGGCCCAAUUCACGUAUUACAGCGACAUCGACGUUACGUGAUUCAGGAGUGUACAGUGAAGUGUCGGAUAAAGACUCAGUGGCUCCACCGGUACCUCCCUUCCCAUCUACUACCGCGGCAUCGGUCAACGAAUUGCAUUUUCCCGUACCGCCUUCACUUCCUCUAAAGUCGCAAGCCCGUUCGCAACCACGACGACCUGCCCCAUUACCAGCUUCAGUGGCUUCGGCCGCUAUUGCUGCUGCGUGUCGCAACAGCGCUGCGUCAUUUGACUAUGAACCACGCACAUUAUCCAUUUGUUCCAAUCUGUCAGACAAGUCGGUACUGAGAUCAGUCCCUGCGGCGGCCCUGAAACGUCGGUCCGUUCGAAUUCGGCAUGCUCAGGUGCAGACGCAAACCGCAACGGGUCAGCACCAGCCGCCCUCCAGCGGGGCAGCCUCCAGUCCGGAAACGGAUCGACGAGCUUGUCCUCACUGUCAUCAAGUGAUUUCGCCGUCGGUUCCCUUGACAGCCACCGAGCCACGACGUCUGUCGUGUCCUCCCGUGUUAGCUUCCGGCAAGUUAUUAAAAGCGGUUACGGAUAAGCUGAAUGAAUCGACCAUGACCGACGAAGCCAAGAUGUUGCUGGGUAUGAUUGAACAACUCAAAAUGCAACUGGCCGAGGAACAGCAGUCUCGUAUGAUUCUCGAGAAAGCUAUCAUGUCCCGUCAGAUGGAAGGAACGCACAAAAUGGACCAGGUAGCCCGUGAAAAAGAUCGAUGGAAAGGUGAUUGUCUCUGGUUGAGUGAUCGCAUAGCCUUGCUUCCCGAAUAAAGUAGGUCGGUCAUCUUAGGGUUUACAUAGUUCUCCUUCCCAUUCUCUUUUUUUUGUUUCACUUGCCAUUCCUUUUGUUUAUGUUCCCUUUUUUGCCGUGUUUCUGUUUUUUUUCCUCUCCUACUUGUGUUCUUUUUGUACCUUUCCUUUCUCUCUCUUUUUGCUUCCUGUUUGCUAUAGUAACGAAAGUUAAUUGAACCCAGUCCUAUCUUUAUUCGCUUGUUUCUUGGUGAAACCAUUUAUCACCUUGUCUCUCCUUUCUUUAUUCUCUCCAUCCAUUCCUUAUUAUCUUAUUAUUAUAUUCAGAAUAAACUAUUCAUAUAAUCCUGCUGUUCCAUUAUAUGCACUAAUGCCUGUUAUUUUUCUAAAUCAUCAACAUUUUGCAGACAUACUGCUUCCAAUUUCCGGUUUUCACUGUUUCGAUU